GGUCAAAUUAAACAGCGAUUCAGCUUGAAGCCGAAACGUAAAACCAGGUCUGCAAUGUUCCGGACGGCAUACCAACGCGGAUUCCUAACUGUGUUCUACAGCUGCGGCUCUAAACCUUUGGAGUUAUGGGAAGUCCAUGUUGAGAAUGGUCAUAUUGCACGGCUGCUAGACCCAGAUAUAAAGUCCAUGGUGCUAGAUAUAAGAGGAAAUAAUGUAAGCACAUCGUAUAUGAUAUGUCCAACGAAAAACAGAAUUCUUGGAAUAACGAUGCCGUUCAUGAUUAUGGUGGUAAAGAAUUUGAAGAAAUAUUUCACUUUUGAGGUGACCAUUUUGGACGACACCGGGACAAGAAGAAGAUUCCGGGUAUCCAACUUUCAAAGUACUACACAGAUCUUGCCCAUGUCUACCGCUAUGCCUAUCGGUCUCGCUGACGGUUGGAACCAGAUCCAGUUCAACCUAUCUGAAUUCACCCGUCGUGCAUAUAAUAAGUCGUUUGUUGAAGUACAAAGAAUUAAAGUGAACGCCAAUAUACGUCUCAGGCGUAUUUACUUCGCUGAUAGGUUGACUCCCGACGAAGAUUUGCCCGCUGAAUACAGGAUUUUUCUUCCCCUACCUAAUAUACGCAAAAAGGCUGGAGAAGGAAGUAAAACUAACGUAAUUAAGGCUGCACCGUCUCGGACCAGUAAUGUCGAGCUGCCUCCAGCGAUACCUCCUGAAGCAGUUCCUGUGGGUGAGACGCCAGCGGCGGUUCAGGCUGAGGUAACUCCUGAGCCUGAUGCAACGGAGGUUGAAGCCCCUGCUCAGGAGGGCGAAGCUGCUCCGGAAGAAGUUGAAGCGCCUGUGGUGGAAUCAGUCCCUACUGAUGGUGAGGCAGCCGCAGAGGUACAACUUGAAUCAGCCGCAGAGGUACAACCUACUUCAGCAGAGGUACAAUCUGAAGCAGCCACAGAAGCACAGCCUGAAACAGCCGCAGAAGCACAGCCUGAAACAGCCGCAGAAGCACAGCCUGAGGCAGCUGCAGUCCAAGAACCGGCAGUAGACGCUCCGGCCGAGGCAGCUUCAGCACCGGAGGAAUGA